UUUUUUAACCAAAACAAAAUUAGGCACGUUUCUAUCUUCUCCUCUCACCAUUUUCUCUAUUUUUAUUUUACUGAAGUUGUGAAAUUAGGGUUUUCACGAGACAUUCUUCUUCUUUUUCUAUUAACCUACAGGAUCAAAUUAGCUUCAAUUAAAAGAAACAUGAGAUAAAAUUAAGAAUACAAGGCAACAUCAACAAAUUUAGCUUCAAAUUCGGAACUGUCAAAAAAAUUACAGAAACAAUCAUGGCAACUUCUGGUUCCUCCAAAGCUACAAAUAAAAGAAAAAAUACAUCAGGAAAUAGAACUGAUGUGGGUUGGCAGUAUGGAGUUGAUGUGGAUAAGAACCCAAAAAGGGUGCAAUGCAAAUUUUACGAAAAAAUCUUUACCAGAGCAAUUUUUUGCUUUAAGCACCAUUUGAGUUGUACACAGAAAGAUGUGGAGCCAUGUAUUAGUGUACAUGAAAUCCUAACUAUUUUAGUCAAGAAUGCAGAAUUAGCUGGAAAAAAAAAAAGUAUAUCCAUGAUAUUGGUGAAUUUGAAGAUAAUGAGAAUAAGACACAACAGUUUUUGAUGAAGCAAAAAGGGAAGGGUCUGAUGGAUACUUUUGUGAAGAAAGGACAAAGCAUGACAGGAAGCACUCAAACCAAAAUCAAUCAAUUGCUGAAAAAGGAGCAAAGGGAAGAGGUAGACAGAGUCGGAUCAGACAAACCAUCUCCACUGUGCCAGAAGUCAUUGGACAUGCAUAAGUAUGAGUUCUUAGAGCUGCAGUAGUCAGUAGUUGUCAGUGUUAGAUAGACGCUUUAACUUUAAAUGAUAUUUUAUAUUGUCAACUCUGAUAUGAUACUUUAAUAUCUAUAAGUAUAUUAUUUAUUUUCUUCCGAAAAUAUUUUAAUAUAUAUCAUAUAUUAUACUUUUAUUUGCGAAAAAUUAUUAGUGGUUUUAGGCUUGCUACGGGUUUCGGAGCUACCACUCCCAUUCCCUAGCGCCGGUCUCGGCUCAAUAAUGGUGGGAUUCUUAUGGAGACGACUGUCCUGAAUUAUAAAAGUUUGUCAUUCGCGUUCUAAGCUUGACUUGUAGCUCCUCUGGAUGUGAAAGAAAUUGGAGCAACUUUGAGAUGGUUCACACAAAGAAAAGAAAGCGAUUACAUCCACAGAAAAUGAAUGACUUAGUUUUUGUGAUGUAUAAUCUAAAGCUGAAAGAAAGACUGUCUAAGAAGGAUGACAUUACAUGUACCAUUGAAGACGUAUCUUCGGAUGAUGAGUGGAUUACGGAGAUAUCAAAUGUUAAUGAUCCUUUAAAUGAAGCCUGGCAUGGCGCACUACGUGGUGGAAGUGCAAAUAGAUGUCAUAUAAAUGAGUCGAAUGAAGUAGCUAUUGAAGAUGAGGAUUUGGAGAUCCAAGAACAUGGAGAUGAUAUAAUGCUACAUGAAGAUUCUGGUGAUGAAGUUGAUAAGCCAUUUGAAGAAUCAAAUGGUAUUGAAGUAAGUAGUCCAGAUCUUAAUGCUUGCGGAAGUACAAAUGUUGAUGUUUAUGCACAUGAGCUUGAAAAUGAUGCUGAAAAUAUUGUUGAAGGAGAACAUGGUGCUAAUGAUGAUGAUGAAGAUGAGAGUUAUUUGAAUGAUAAAACUGUUGAUGACCUUUUCUAAGUUUUAAUAAUGUGCUGUUAAUAUUUUUUUCCUUAUUUUGUAUGUUACUAUGAUUUUAUGGACAUUUGAG